AGGAAUUAUGCAACCCUAGUGAAGUAUGUGGUUGUGUUGACAGAGGGUGUUGACAGGUUGUUGACAGAAUGUGUUGACAGGAGGUGUUCACAUGUAUUGACUGGGUAUGUUGACAGGCUGUUGACAUAGUAUGUUGAAAGAAUGUGUUGACAGAUGGUGUUGACAGGGUUGUGACAGAAAUUGUUGUCAGGUUGUGUUGACAGGUUGUGUAGAUAGGAUUUGUCAGUGGUUCCCAAACUAGGGGUCGCAACCCCACGUUGGGUCGCCUGAUAUGAAAAUUGAGGGAGAUUUCCAAAACCCUGAAAAAACUAAAUAUAUACAAAAUAAUGUAUAUAUUAUAAUAUCGUCUUAGUAACUCAAAAUCAUUGUAAUGUGGCUAACCUUAAAAAUAGAAAUUAAAAUUCUUAAAAUCUAAAAUAUCAAAUUCAACCAGAGAGCGCCCUUAGAUCAUGGGAAACGUUAUUGUUGCACUUGAAUCAUUCCCACGGUGAAUGGCUAGGCCUGCUACGCUAUGAAACCACACACUAUUGCAGAGACUUUGAUAUUACUGGCCACAAUUGAUAUAGUAAAAACAAUGGCAGAGGCACAGAAACCCACAUCAAUAUUUUUGUCAGAUAUUCAUGCAAUCAACAGGCAACUGACUGAACAACUCGAAAACUCCCCAGUUUAUGAUCUCCAAUGGACGAUAGCUGUGAGGGCCGAGAUGCCCAUGCAUUGACUUUUGUUCGCUAUAGAUGUUGGACAUGCUAUUCAGGAGGACAUAUUGUUCUGAUUCUCGAUUUCUGAGCUUGAAACAGCACAGGGGAUGUUCAGUGUGCUGUGUGGCUAUAUUUACAAAAAACAGAUUCCAUGGGACUGAAUGGUGUGCUUUUGAACAGAUGAGGCUCCAUCUAUGGCUGUGCGGCAGGCAGGACUCUGUACUCUAGUUAUGAAUGUGUCUCCCUCUGCCAUAUGGACGCAUUGUAAGGUACACUGAGAGCAACUGGAGGCAAAAGAUCUGAGCACAGAUCUCAGACAUAUACUGCAGCAGGCAACUUCGAUUGUAAGCUUCAUCAAACCACAUCCACUGCACACACGCCUGGUUGCAAAAUGAUGUGAAGAUAUGGGAUCAGAACAUGACAAGGUUUGUUGGUUAUCGAGGGGGAGAGUUGGAAAGAUGUUUCGCACUGAGAGAGGAGCUGUUGUCAUUCACAAUGGAUCUAAAAAAAAACUGGUUGACUUUUUGUGUAAUGAAAAGAAAAUGUGUUUCCGUGCUUAUGUCAUAGAUUUAUUUUGGAAAGUGAACGGACUGAAUGCAAGCAUACAAGGGAAAUACAAAAACAAUCUACAGAUGAGUGACCGAAUCAGUGGAUUCAGAUGAAAUCAUUCUUAUCGGAGAGAGAGUCUUUCAAAAGCGAACUAUGCCCCCAUAGCUGUGCAUGUUUCUAACAGACAAUCAGAAAUACUGUUAGAAUGUUUUCAAUUGUGACUGCCAUCGCCCCAAAUAACAAAGUCAACAUUAGCUGUUAAUUACAUUUUUUUAUACAUGGUUGGGUUUGACGGGGUGUGUGUUCAUGUGUCCAUGGUGUCUUGUUCUCAGUGUGAAUAUAAUUGAUAUUGUCCUUGUAUCUUAUCUUAUUCCCAUUUUCUCUCUCUGUACAAUUGCUUUGUUUGACCUACUGUCUCCUUGUGUGUCCCUUAACCUCCACAUGUCAUGAUUAUCUGCAGUGUGACACAUUAAUUAUUAAUUUGGCUGUUUAUUAAAAAUCAGCUUUAUGAUCACCGGAUUUCAUCAUGGGGCACAAGUGGGUUUCUAUGUUAUUACCCACGGUGCCCCUCUCUGAUAUUGCUGCUCUGAGCAUGUGUGUUUGGUGGAGGAACACAGGGCUGUGGAAUGCUCUGCCUGUGACGAACAUGUCGGAACAGCCCUGCCUGCCUGGCUCAGACAACACGCUGAACCUACCGGCCUGGGAACCUGCAGGGCCAGGCAUAACAUACCAUACUCUGGCUAUGUGAGCUGUUAACUCCUUGAAGAACCAGGCAUAGCUCCAUGGACCUCUACAUUCAGUGAAAUUCACCUGAUCCCCCACAGCACCAAACCAAGCCUCCCUCGGCCAAACUUAGCCCUACCCUCUUCAUGAGUAGCCAGGAGGAGGUGCCUGAGAUUGCCAUGGCAAUGGUGAUGGCAUCAUCACCCCCACCACAACCACCACCACCUGCCAUGAUUGGCUACGGCGGCCUGGAGUCACCUCCCCCUGACCUGUGCCAGACGUGCGGCCAGAGACACCUGAUAGAGGAGAACCAUGAGUACCUGUACCAAGACAAGGUGGACGAUGACCUGAUGUGUCAUAUCUGUCUGCAGCCACUCAUCAGGCCGCUGGACACGCCCUGCGGACACACCUACUGCCAGGAGUGUCUGACCAGCUUCCUGCUGGAGAGUGACUUCUGCCCCGUGGACCGCACCCAUCUCAUGCUGCAGAACUGCCGCAAGUCCAGCCUGCUGGUGCACAAGCUACUGGACAAGCUGGCCGUGGCCUGCCCCUUCUCUGACCACUGCACCGAAACACUGCCCCGAGGAGAGUUGGGGGCUCACAUCAAGAAUAGGUGUAAAGGUGCGUCUCACUAUGGCCUGUCUGCAGACAGGAAGCGGCGUUCCCAGGAGGGUGACUGUACUGACAGCACGUCAGAACUCACCGUUGCCACCCUGCCCGGCGAUGGCCCCACCUCUGCUGCUGUUGCCCUCCUAUCAGACGAUCCCGGCCUUGUCAACCCCGCCUUUGACCCCAGUAUGGAGGACAACAGCCAAUCAGGCAGCACCACCAGCCUGGCAGCCCGCAGCAGUACCAAAAAGAGUGAUUGUGAGUUCCGAAACUAUGACCGCACCUCGGUCAGGAGCCGCUCCUUCAGGCGGUUGAACCGUGCAUUCAGUGUCCUGCGGAGGACCAAGAGUGGCACAUCCGUGUCGAAUGAGACCGCAGAGGAACGAGACAAUGCGAGGAACGCCAGUGUGCCGCAGGAAGUGCUGGCUCUACCCCAGCUCCAUCACCUGAUCCCUGAUGGUGAGGUCACCAGUAUUAAGAUCAACCGUGAGCCCUCGGAGCCCCUGGCCAUCAGCAUCGUGGGGGGCAACGAGACCCCCCUGGUGCGUAUCCUCAUCCAGGACAUCUACAGGGAGGGGGUAAUCGCCCGGGACGGACGCCUGCUGCCCGGAGACAUGAUCCUCAAGGUGAAUGGCAUAGACAUCAGCAAUGUGCCCCACUGCUACGCCCUGGCCACACUCAAACAGCCUUGCCAGCUGCUGCGACUCACAGUGCUGAGAGAGCAGCGCCACCGUUACCGCUCACACUCGGGGCACCACGGGCACCCCCACGACGCAGCCGGGGGCUACCCGCCUCAUGGCCUCCCCCAUGGCCAGCCCUUGAGGGACGACAGCAUCCACGUGGUCCUGGCUAAGAGCACCCCAGAGGAGCAGCUGGGCAUCAAGCUGGUGAGACGACCAGAGGAACAUGGAGUCUUUAUCUUCCACCUGCUGGAAGGCGGCCUGGCGGCACACGAUGGGCAGCUCAGCGUCAACGACCGCAUCCUCGCCAUCAACGGACACGACCUGCACUACGGAGCGCCAGAACACGCCGCUUUACUCAUCCAGGCGAGUGAGGAGCAGGUCCACUUCAUAGUGUCUCGUCAGAUCUGUUUACCCACGCCUGACAUUCUGCAGGAGGCUCCAUGGGGCAUGGACGGCCCCCCUCCAUACUCCCCAGUGGACAUGGAGCAUACGCUACUGGACUCAUGUGAGAAGCCGGCAUGUUAUGAGAAGACGGUGACGCUGGCCAAGGAGCCCCAUGACUCCCUGGGGAUGACAGUGGCAGGGGGCAUGUCCUCCCGCGGCUGGGAUCUCCCUGUCUACGUCACUAACGUGGACCCCAACGGAGUGGUGGGACAGGAGGGAUCCAUCCGCAAAGGUGACAUCCUGCUGAACGUUAACGGGCUGGACCUGACGGGGGUGACGCGGGGCGAGGCUGUGGCCAACCUGAAGAACACCACCUCCCCCGUGGUGCUCAAGGUCCUGGAGAUGAGGCCUCCGGAGGAGAGCCAGCCAGAGUUCCCCUCGCCACCCUGCCUCUCACACUCGCCCACCGACAGCACCAAGCAGAACCUUGCAAAGCUGCCACACACCGAUGACUACUCACCACUGUGGGUGUCAUGGUUGCAGCUGCCCAGGCACCUGUACUGCUGCAAAGACAUUGUGCUGCGCCGGAGCACCUCAGGCAGCCUGGGCUUCAGCAUCGUGGGGGGGCAGGAGGAGGUCAACUGCAAUCAGUCCUUCUUCAUCCGUUCCAUCGUGGAGGGCACACCAGCCUACAACGACGGCAGGAUACGAUGUGGGGACAUUCUGCUGGAGGUGAAUGGCAAGAGUUCGUGGGGGAUGACCCACACAGCCCUGGUGCGUCUGCUGAAGGAGCUGCGGGGCAGAAUCACCCUGACCAUCGUGUCCUGGCCUGGAAGCCUGCUGUAGCCCCGCUGCAGCCACAGGGAGGGGCCAACACUGACCCAGGAAUGUGGGCAGAGCUUUUAACUGGAUUAUAACACUGAGCCCUACCGUAUGGGAUGGGCUUUCACUAGUGAUGUAGCUAUGGAAGGCGGACCUUAAGAACCCUGACUCCUGAUGGACAGCUGAGACUUUGCUAGGAGUUCAGAAGAGGCCAACCAUCCAUGUGACUGGAAUUUGACCAAACUCCCCAGAGACACUGAGCUGGGUGGAGCUGGAUCUGUGGCCCUACCCCUGGGAUGUUCGGAGCAAUCUGAUUGGAGGAGAGGCUUGUUCGAUGGCAACGCAUCCAAUGAGGGGGGUGGGUGGGUGGUUGGGAGGGGACACAAGUUGCCAAUUCCAUUGGUUCUAUGUUAGGGUAUGCAUUUCAUUGGACUCACAUUUCUUUAUUGUAAAUGUUGGCUAUCUAAAAAAAUACUGACUCAAGCAAUUGUACUAUGUUUCUAUUUCUUUCAAUGAUUGUUUGAUGGCCUUUCAAUAUAGGCUUUAUUACGUUUGUAUUAACAGUGGUCAUCAUCUUCAUCUGUUGGACUGAAGACACAUUGCCACAUAGCCGUUUGUGUUGAGAUGUUUUCAGAAGCUGUUGCUAAAUUAUCAAAACACUGGCAAAAGUAUAGUAAAAAAAACAAGUAAAAUUGUGUUCAUAAUCUGUUAAAAGUAAUAUUAAGGUGACAUCGUGGAGGCCUUACUGAUUUUCCUACUUUUGAAAAGAAAAAAAAAACCUGACUUGGUUUCUGUGUGUUUCCGUGGAUGUGUCUGGUCUAGGGCCAUUUAACGCAGUUCUAUCACAUGCUUCGGCCUGCGUAGUAUAUCUGAUGGUACCUUUUGGUAACAUAAUCAAUAAAGUCAUUGGAAAAGGA